GAAGCAUAGUUCAUGCGGACGCAUCGAAGCACGCGUGGCGGCUGGACAGCAUAGCCUACUUCAGCGGCGUUCGACAAAAUGGAUAAUCUCUGCGGAACAACCGUAACACUUAUAUAGCCAUAUUAUUAAGAAUCAUGGGAGCGACUAAAGUGGCAGGACCGGACUAUAUCACAACACCUCAUUUCGAAAAAAAUACAUGAUUUGUGAGAGAAAAAAAAGCAAUACUGGAGACAAGGCACAUGAGCACUGAACUCAGACUGUGGUUUUAAAGCACUUCAGUUUUACACAAGGUAAACUAUGUAAUCUGUGCAUAUCAAGACAUCCAUGUCAGCAGAGAUGAAAGAGGGACCUCAGGAAGACAGUGCUGACAAACAGAGGAGAUUAGGAGAACCGGGCAGCCACUGAACCUUAGUGGAGCUAGUCGAUGGGACAUUUACCUGGACGCUAAUGAGCAAAAGAAUUUUCUGUGCAUUACAGCUUGUUUAUUAUUUAUUGUUUUGUAAUUAUCAUAUGCUGCUAUACACCACCUGAUAUUGGACACUAGACGCCAAAGAAAUAUUUCCAUUUCGCACGGAGAGAUAAUAUAGAUAAUAAUAGUAGAAUAUAUGUGUAUGCACGUACUUUCUUUAAGUAAUGUCAGUAUCUGCUGACAUAACACUGUUAAACAUUAUUUGAAAUAUACAUACAUAAAUAGUGGCGAAGGUCUGAUAUUGUCUCUUGUUAAAACUUUUGUUUUAAUUGGAGCGUAUAACAACAAACUCUUUUUGAAGAGCCCAUAAACACCCACACACUGGAUCUGGUUGAUAUUUUUUCAGCUCGCAGAGUAUAGUCAUUAGUUCUUUAUUUCUUCAACAUUUUUCCUGAAUUUGUAAUUUUGAAACCCGAAGUGGCUCCACAGUGGUGUUGCGGCUCCUCGUCCGCGGCGGAUCCGGAGAUCGGGGUCUCAGCAGCGGGAGGAGGCGGCGGUGGGACUCCACCGCAGGGUCCCAAAUCCGGCCGAGUAAAAAGGAUGAUUCGGUUGGUAGCAGAGUUGGUACUACUGUUGGGACUCCUUCUCCUAACGUUACACAUUACGGUGCUGCGGAGCACCCCGCUACAACAAGGAAAUGUCACUUUGGACAACGCGAAGAAUCCGUUGCUUGAUGAGAGUAAUCUCGAUGUGGAGAGCAGCUUCUCCUCUCGCCUUCCGGCAGAACGUCAGUCACAGCAGUGGCCUGUCCCCAACCCACCAGGCAUUGGCAGCACUCUGCAGGGGGAUGGACCUGGUGCCUUCCUCCUGGACCUCCACAAUUUCCCCGACCUCUCCAAGGCCGAUAUAAACCGACAGAACCCAAAUAUUCAGGUGACUAUUGAGGUGGUGGAUGGGCUAGAGGCGGCAGAGCCGGAGAGGGAUCCUCACAAGGAGAACAAGCCUAGCUGGGGUUCGCCGAAUUGGAGGAACUGGUGGAGUCGCUCUUCCCCUGUCACCAUCGGCAACAGCAACGACAGAAACUCAGAGGACAGCAACUCUCUCAAACCUGAGUGGGAGCGACGUGGGGGUGGGGCAAACCAGAGGGGCAGCUUUGAGAGCAAGACUCAGACUGAAUACGAUUACAUUGACGGGGAAGGGGACUGGAGUGGAUGGUCAGCGUGUAGUGUCACCUGUGGCAAUGGGAACCAGAAGCGCACCAGGUCAUGUGGGUACGCCUGCACAGCCACUGAGUCUCGUACCUGUGACAUGCCAGGCUGCCCAGGAAUUGAGGAUGCCUUCAGGACAGCAGCCACUGAAGUCAGUCUGCUUGCUGGCACUGAUGAGUUCAACGCUACCGAGCUUUUUGGUGUUGAUACAGACAGCUGCGAGAGAUGGAUGAACUGCAAGAGCGAAUUCCUGAAGAAGUACAUGCUGAAGGUGGCUAAUGACCUUCCCAGCUGCCCCUGUUCCUACCCGACCGAGGUGGCCUACAGUACGGCUGACAUCCAUGACACUGUCACUCGCAGGGACUUCCGCUGGAAAGAUGCCAGCGGCCCCAAGGAGAGGUUGGAGAUCUACAAACCCACAGCACGCUACUGCAUUCGCUCUAUGUUGACCCUGGAGUCCACCACUCUGGCCGCCCAGCACUGCUGCUACGAUGACAGCAUGAAGCUCAUCACCCGUGGCAAGGGGGCCGGAUCGCCAAACCUUAUCAGCACAGAGUUCUCGGAAGACCUGCACUACAAGGUGGACAUCCUGCCCUGGGUCUUCUGCAAGGGGGACUGGAGUCGCUACAACCAGGCAAGGCCGCCCAACAAUGGGCAAAAGUGUGAAGACAAUCCUGUGGAUGAGGACUACUACAAGCAGUUCGAAGAGGCCAGGGAGUUCUGAGUUCUCCAUCUGCAUGAGAAUAUGAGAGGAAAAGAUAAAAACAAGAUUUGAGUAACUCUACAAAUUAGCAGAUGGAAGAAGCAAACCACUGUCUGUUCUGUUUUUUUUCUUUUUUUUUGGUUUUUGUAUAGUACGACAAUUAAGCAAAACAGAAGCCUGCAAGCUAACAAGGAAAGCUGUUCAACAGAGAUGCAGAUCCCUGUAUCUGAUACUAUAUCAUUUCCACCCUGGUGACAACAAACCACUCUAUUUUCCAUGCUGUAAUUUUGCAAUUUUUUCAUUGCUAUUCCAUAUAAAACAACUGAUUUUCUGUGUAAUUCUCACAACAGUGUUUUUCUAAUGUCCUUCAUCAAAAGGAGAGAAUGUCCUUUUUUUUCCUGCUGCAUAAAGGGAAAACUCCUUAAUGGAUAUAGGGGUAUUGUAGUUUUGUGGCUCUUGUGGUGUGCAUUAUAUUGUCAACGUGGAAAAAAACUCUGAGACAAAUAACAAAUGUCUUUGUGACUUCAGAUUUGCAAUGUGAGCAUCUGUCUAUUGUUUACCCAGCAGACAAUCGAAGGGAAACAAUUCUUCAUUCUCCUUCAUAAGACGAGGACAUCAGUAUGGUGGCCAACCACAACAGCCAAAGAGUUGACUGUGAAUGGAAAUAAUUUACAGGAACUUAAAACCAUAAGUAUCAGUAGCUUUUUGUAUUCAAAGAGUUUGAUCUUUUCCCAACCUUGGUUUGGGUAUAAUAUUCAGGUUGUAUGGUUAUAAGAUUGUUUAUUUAGCAUGCACCAAAUGUUACAAAUAAUCUAUGGCCCUAUUGUUUUUUUCUA